AUGCUCGUAAGGCGAAAAUUAAAUUUUCUGAAAGGUUCAUGGUGGCCAGAUAUUGAUGAGCUGUUGGAAGCAAAUAUCCCGGUACAUCGAUUCACACAAAAAGCAGGCGAUGUUGUUUGGGUAGGAAGUGGUUGUAUUCAUUGGGUACAUAGCACUGGCUGGUGUAAUAAUGUGGCCUGGAAUGUUGGCCCACCGACACCUACGCAAUACGAAAUGGCUGUUUUCACACACGAAUGGAAUAAACUUAAUGGCUACAAAUCACUGGUACCAAUGCAGCAUUUAACAUGGCAACUGGCAAGAAAUAUUCGUUUCACAAACCAACAAAUGUACACAUUGAUCAGACAAAUGCUAAUACGCUCACUGGCCUAUACCAAAAUGAUUAUGGAUAUGUUAAGUAGCAUUGAUAAGCCAAUCCGUAUGCACCCAAGACAAAAGGGUGAAGUAUCACACUACUGCUCAACAUGCGAGAUCGAAGUAUGGAAUAUCCUAUUCGUGCGCGAAGUGAACGGUAAAUUUCCAGUUUAUUGUGUACAGUGCGCACGAAAAGCAGAUCUCGCUAAUUUCACGGUGCUACAACAGUACACUAUCGAUGAAUUGUGUAGCGUUUUCGAUCAAUUUCGUGUUCAUCCGUGCGCACGAAAAGCAGACCUCGCUAAUUUCACCGUGCUGCAGCAGUACACUAUCGAUGAACUGUGUAGCGUUUUCGAUCAAUUUCGUGUUCAUCCGCAAACCAAAGCUACCGUGGUGUGUUAG